CCAGUACCUUAGCAGUCCUGUAAACCCAGCGCCAAAAUGGGUAAGACCCGUGGUAUGGGAGCUGGGCGUAAGCUCAGGGUGCACCGCCGUGAGGAGCGCUGGGCGGACAAGGACUACAACAAGAGCCAUCUGGGCUCGGAGUGGAAGAAGCCCUUCGCCGGCGCCUCGCACGCCAAGGGUAUUGUACUUGAGAAGAUCGGCAUUGAGGCUAAGCAGCCGAACUCCGCCAUUCGGAAGUGCGCUCGUGUGCAGCUGAUCAAGAACGGCAAGAAGAUUGCAGCUUUCGUUCCCAUGGAUGGUUGCUUGAACUUCAUUGAGGAGAACGAUGAGGUUCUUAUCGCUGGGUUUGGUCGCCGUGGUCACGCCGUCGGUGAUAUUCCCGGUGUGCGCUUCAAGGUCGUCAAGGUGUCGGGUGUGUCGCUGCUGGCUCUGUUCAAGGGCAAGAAGGAGAAGCCUCGCUCGUAAGAGAGGCGCUGCAGGAGCAGGCAGCGGUUGUCGCCCCCAGCUGCUGUAACGUGCUUGAAAAACUAUAUCCUUAUC